CAGGAAAGAUACUAGUCUCAACCAAGGGUGAAAGUGUAGUAUCGACAUCUGUGCUGGAUGUCUCUGACUUAGAGCCAUGCACACACGAAGAGGCGGACUACCGCAUGAUGCUCCAUUGUGCUCAUGCCUUCAAACACGGAUUGAAAAAGAUCAUGGUACACGCCACAGACACAGACGUACUGGUUCUUGCCAUUGUGGCGACAAUCCAAAUGAGAGGAUGUGAACUAUGGCUAGCCUUUGGCAGUGGUAACACGUUCCGCUACAUUGCUGCUCACACCAUUGCUGAUGCACUUGGUGUUGACUGUUGCAAAGGCUUGUUAUUCAUGCAUGCUGUGUCAGGCUGUGACACAGUCUCAUCAUUCAGCUCUAUCGGAAAGAAAACCACGUGGGAUGUCUGGCGGUCGCUACCCAACCUCACAGCUGUAUUCAUCCGCCUCUCUGACACUCCCGAAGAAGUUACAGAAGCCGACAUGGAGGAGCUGGAAAGAUUUGUUGUCCUUCUUUACAGCCGAACUUCACAAAUCACCACAGUAAACGCAGCAAGAAAGCAACUAUUCUCACAUGGCAAUCGUAAAAUAGAAAACAUCCCACCAUCCCGAGCAGCACUCUACCAGCACGUCAAGCGUGCAUCAUUCCAAGCAGGUCACAUCUGGGCUCAAGCAAUGACGUCGAGUCCUACUCUUCCAAGUCCAUCCAGUUGGGGGUGGAAACUUGAUGACGACGGGCACUGGAUCCCCUUGUGGAGUGUACUUCCAGAAGCAUCAAAGGGAUGCCGUGAACUCGUGUAA